AUGGACGAGGAGUCGGAACCAAACCCUGCCGUAGCAGAGGAGGCAGGGGAGCGGGUGGAGCCCAUGGAUGCCACUCCUUCCCCUCAGCAGCAGCAGACCACACCCCCCUCCUCCGAGGCCGGGGACGCAGUUUCCAUGGUAACGGAAGAUGGAGUCACAAAGGAGGGUGGCGCAGAGGACAAUGAUGAUGAUGUGGUUCUGGUAGAGGAGGAGGAGGCUCCCCAGCCUCCUUCAGCCACAACCCUUCCCCAAGACACACCCAGCACAGACUGCCUCGAGCUGGCUGCCGCUGCUGCUGCCGCUGCUGCCGUGGCAACCGUAGACAUGUCCACAUCAGCAGUAGCAGUAGCAGCAGCAGCACCCUCCAGAAUCCCCAGUCCUCCCGCACUCUCUUGCGCAUCCACGGCAGCAGCAGCAGGACCUUCUCCUCCAACCGCAGUAGCAGAGCCCAUUAUCAUCGAUGACGAGGAGGACUGCGAGCAAAAAGACACUUCCUCCUCAUCGGCGCCCCCCGGAGGCUCCUCGGCGUCUCACUCGCCAGCCGCCCUCAGCAGCACAGAACCGGAUUCGGAAAUCAGGAUCGCCAGCGUCACCACGCUGGGCGAUAAAGGGAGCUCAGUGGUUUCCACUGUGAAUACCCUGGCUCAUCCGGUGGACAUCCAGGGGGACAUGAACCUGAUGAUCACCUCUGUGACAUCACUGCAGGGAGGGGUGGCAGCUGCAGAUGAAUGCCAGGCGGAGGAGAACGGCCUGCAGAUCAGCAGCGCCUUCAGCCUCAAUCCCGACACCGCGUCAUCCGGUCGACCCACGGCCUCCUUCAACCCCGGGCGGGGCUCGGGCUCCAUAGACCAGCUGGUACAGAAUGGAGACACGGGGUCGCACAACAGGACAGACUCAUGGAUCUCCCAGUCGGCUUCAGUCCCUCGCAACCAAAAACAAACCGGGGUGGACUCUCCGUCACCUGCCACCUCCCUGCCCAAACCUCCAGGCCAGUCUUCCUCCUCGUCUUCUCCAGGUUCACAGCCACAGCCCAGGACAGUCAAGGUGACCUGUGCUAACUGUAAAAAGCCUCUGAAGAAAGGCCAAACGGCCUACCAGCGGAAAGGCUCCACACACCUGUUCUGCUCCACCACCUGCCUCUCCGCCUUCUCACACAAACCCACCCCCAAGAAAAGCUGCACCAUGUGCAAAAAGGACAUAACAAACAUGAAGGGUACCAUCGUCGCCCAGGUUGACUCCAGCGAGUCCUUCCAGGAGUUCUGCAGCACCGGAUGCCUUGGAGCAUACGAGAACAAGCAAAACCCACCCAAAUCAGGCCUCAAAACCAAAUGUACUGUCUGCGGGAAGCUCACAGAGAUCCGGCACGAGGUUAGCUUUAAGACCGUCACCCACAAGAUCUGCAGCGACACGUGUUUCAACGUUUACCGCCGGGCAAACGGCUUGAUCAUGAACUGCUGCGAGCAAUGCGGUGACUACCUACCCAGCCGAGCAUCAGCCAACCAUUUCCUGCUGGUCGAUGGCCAACAGAAACGCUUCUGCUGCCAGAACUGCAUCAGGGAGUACAAGCAGGCCCACAGUAAGCUUGCGAGCUGCCUCACUUGCAAAACAUUGAUCAAGACCGGCGAGGUGCUCCACAGCCUGGGAGCGGGCGGCACCAUGGGCUCCUACUGCUCUGUCAACUGCAUGAACAAGGGCAAGCUGGCCACUACUUCCUUCUACAACACAGAACCCACGUGUCACUUCUGUAAGAGGAAUUCAUUACCGCAGUAUCAAGCCACCCUGCCAGAGGGAAACAUCCUCAACUUCUGCAGCUCACAGUGUGUCACCAAGUUCCAGAACGCUACUCUUCAAACGGCCACUAACGGACAGACGCCGCUCUCCACCACAAACAACACCGUCCAACUGAAGUGUAACUACUGUCGAGGAGCAUUCAACCUCAAACCAGAAACUCUGGAUUGGGAGGAUAAGGUGUACCAGUUCUGCAGUAAGGCGUGUUGCGAGGAUUACAAGAAGCUCCACUGCAUCGUGACGUUUUGCGAGUACUGUCAAGAAGAGAAGACGUUACACGAGACGGUCAAGUUCUCCGGGGUUAAGAAACCAUUCUGCAGCGAAGGCUGUAAGCUGUUAUUUAAGCAGGAUUUCAUCAAGCGGUUGGGUCUGAAGUGCGUCACCUGCAACCACUGCAGCCAGCUCUGUAAGAGAAGUGUGACCCGGCAGCUGGGCGGCAUGACGCGGGACUUCUGCAGCGAGACGUGUGCCAAGAAGUUUCACGACUGGUACUACAAGGCGGCGCGGUGUGACUGCUGUAAGGUGCAGGGUAACCUGACCGAGUCUGUGAUGUGGAGAGCAGAGAUGAAGCAGUUCUGUGACCAGCAGUGUCUGCUCAAGUUCUACUGCCAGCAGAACGAGCCCAUCAUGGUGACGCAGAAAGGCCCAGAGAACAGCAGCCUGGGGUUUGAAGUGCAAGGGGCCAAACUUGGGCUUGUGAACCAGGGUACAGUGGCGUACUCUGGCGGAGGUCUGAUGAGGGAUGUGAAGAACAAGGCGGUUCUCUGCAAGCCUCUCACCCUGACCAAGGCUACCUACUGCAAACCACACAUGCAGAGCAAACUAUUACAGACAGAUGUGGAUGACGGUGUGAAGAGGGAGUACAUACCUAUACCCAUACCUGUGCCCGUCUUUAUGCCCGUGCCAAUGAACAUGUACUCCCAAAUCACUCCUACGCCAGUCUCCCUGCCUGUACCGGUUCCUGUGCCUGUGUUCCUGCCCACCACCCUGCAGGGGGCGGAGCAGAUCGUCCAGACCAUCAAUGAGCUGAAAACCAAGGUGCCAUCUGACCCCCUGGAGGCCGACCUGCUGUCCAUGGCUGAGAUGAUCGCAGAGGACCAGAAGCCAGAUGUGAAAGCAGUGAAGGUGAAGAGGGAGCACAUAGGGGACGAGAACACCAGCAGCAGCAGCUCCGAGGAAGAGGAGGAGCAACAGAAGGAGGAGGAGGAGGAGGAGUAUGAGCCUGAUUUGGACCUGGAGUCAGACUUCCCUCAAGCCUCAGAGUCUGUUCCUGUCCUGGAGGGAAUGGACAUGGACAUGGGCUUUUCUCUACCUCCAGUCCUGGCCGAGGAGAAAGAGGAGACGCAGGAGUCGGCACCUCGACCCCAGCCCAGGAGACAAGGAAAUAAGAGGCUGGCUGUGGAGGAGAAAUCAGGUCUGGCUUCGUCGUCUUCUUCUCCCUCUCGUCCAGCAGACCGACACUCAGAAGGACGUUCGCUGCCUCUCAAAGCUCGCUACGGUGUCAAUGCCUGGAAACGCUGGGCGUUGUCUCCUCCCGACCAAUCGGAUGACACCAAAGUAAAGGACGGCACCAAACUAGCUCCUGCAGCUCGCUCAAAAAGUAACCUGCUGUCGCUGAGCUCAGAGGAACUGAACGUGGCUUUGUCCCAGUUUGUCAGGGAGGUCUGCAGGCCGAGUGGGGAGCGCUACUCUCCAGACAGCAUCCUCUACCUCUGUCUGGGGAUCCAGCAGCAUCUUCACUCCAAAGGCCGAAAAGAUGACCUGUUCAGCGAUCCAUGCUACCAGCAAUUCAGUGAAGAACUCAACAAAGUCCUGAAGGACUGGCAGCCCAGCGUGCUUCCUGAUGGCUCGCUGUGGGGUCGGGUGGAGGAGCAGAGUCUGUGGAGCAGCCGGCAGCUCGGGGAGCACAGUGCCGCCGCUCUGCUGCACUCGUUGGUCUACCUGAACACCAAGUACUUCGGCCUGCGCACCGUGGAGCAGCACCUCCGCCUCUCCUUCGCCAACGUCUACGGCCCCGACACUGUCCAUCCUGUCACCAAGGAGACCACGGUCUGCAUCCGCGUGCCUUCCAUCUCUCAGGAUCACCACGUGCAACCAGAGUGUAAGAAGAGGAAGCGUCAGUCGGAGGAAGGCGACCAGGACUACGAACCAGACGACGACUCGGGAGGCUCGACCGUACGCUGUCCUGUCAAGAAGCACGAAUGCCAUCUAUACGAGCUCUACAGGUCCAAAUGCCCGGCGUCGCUGCGGGAGCGUCUGGACACCUUUUACGUCCAACCGGAUCCAUCCUGCAGUCCAGACGGCCAGCUAUGGUUCAGCUCCACGCCGCUGGAGCGACACACUCUGGAGAGCCUCCUCACCAGAGUCCUCCUGGUUAGAGACAUUUACACAGACAAACACCAGGAGGAAGAGGAAGAGGAAGAAGAAGGGGGCGGGGGCGAACAAGUCGGGGGAGUGUAACAGUCGCUUUGAGGAGGAGGAUAGCAAGUAGUGUGUACACUCUCUCCCCUUGUCCUGUCUAGUCCUCACCCCCACCCCACCCCCCCUCCCUGCUGACUCACCGAGUCCUCCUGGUGAGGGGUCGUCCGCAUCAGGAAAACCUGAGAAAGUUAAGAGAGUGACGAAGGUGAUGUUGGAGAGCAGCCCCAACUUGUACUUGUGCUGGUAGAUUGAGAAACAGAGGAGGAGGAGGAGGAGGAAGAGGCGAUGAAGCUCAGUCAUAAACCAGAAGAGGACAGGCUCAGAUGUGAAGGAAUAAGUCAGAUUAAAGGAGGUGGAGCUGUGAUUUGCUUUUAUGGUCAAACAUAAAAAACACCAGGUAACACACCAAAUGUAUUGACCGUUAAAUCAUCAUCAUAUGAGAAGAUAGGGUGAGCUCUGGUAGUGAAGGUGUAGCGUUUUUUGUUUUUUUAGCGCACAAAGAGUAAAGUAGCGUGAAAAUAUUUAAACUUUUAAACCACCACACAGAAUUGUGCUUUAAAAAAAGAAGGUCGCAAGCGGAGGCAGAGCAGAGUCGCGGAUUUCCUUCCUCUUCCUCCACCACGCUCUCUGCUUCACAUCUUCCUCGCCACCGCUCACCGUUUUCAUGAGGGAGGGAGGGAGGAGUGUCUGGUGCUGAUGCUGCGUUCUACACAGCUGGAAGUUGAAAAGCAUUAGGUAGACACGGCAUUAAACGGUUAUGUUAACUGCUGUUCACUGUUUAGCCACCGAUCAUGUUCAUUUGGCAGAAUAGCAACUCUACAUGCUACUCUAUCUUAAAUUUCUAUUUUAAAAUAUGACGAUUGAACACUAAAUAUUGUACAGGAUAGAAAUAUAAUCGGUGGCAUGUCCAAACACAUGAACAGUGACAUAGUAUUGCACUUUAGUUUCUCAUUUUAGAUGGAACCAAAGGCAAGAGUUUGUCUUUAAGGAGUAAAUGAACACCUGGGUCAGUAAUAUGUUUCCAGCAUCACUGGUGGGUGACACCUUAGACCACUAGAGGUCAGUCAUUUUAUUAUCAGGGGAGUGGUUAGCUACUCUUGAACACAUGGAUGGUUUUGUAAUAGUUAGAUUUAAAGGCCCUGCACAUUCACACAGCUGGUUUCUUGAUGAAUUAGAUUUCUUUUCAUAAUAUAAAUUAAUUUAACUCAAUGCACAAAGAAUGAAAUGAUACAAGCGGUCCUUCUGCAGAAGUGGAGUCAAGUGGCGUAAAAUCCCUUAACAAGAAACCUAAUCCAGUUAAAAGUGUGGGUGUGUAGAGCCUUUUAAUUUAAUGAAUUUAAACUUAAUUGGCUUCAAGUGUAUUUUGAUGAUUGCCCUGAUGAAGAUGAGUUGAAGCAUGGACCUCCAGUGUGAGAAAUGUAGUUACACACACACACACACACUCAUAGGAUAAUUCCCUUAGCCUUUUUUUUUUUUUUUUUUUUACUGCAGGAAUAUGUAAUUUCCAACUUUUCUCACACGUGUUGAACGCAGCAUCAGAUCUCUUAUCUAGUCAGGGUGUCUUACUGCAUCACACAUUAACCAGGCUGCUUUUCAUUCCUUCUUCACCAUCAUCAUCACGUUGCCUCUCCUGCUACCGCUCUUCCUCUGUCAGUACUGCUCUCCGGCCUAAAAGCGCAGGAUUCAGGAGCGAUCCCAGGACAGUUACAAAAAAAAAAAAAAAAAAAAAAAAGUGACUGAGAGGACAAAAAGUCUGAAGCUCGUUCCGGUGCAGGGAGGAAAGGCAACCUACCCACAUGCUGCGUUUCUUUUCUAGGACAUUAGGGGAACCUUCCUUUUUUAUGUGAUGUAGCAUUAUAAUGCGUACUAAGCCCAGAUUGGGUCGCUUUUGAAAUGUAAAUAUCUCUUAAAACGAGGCGGUUAUGGGAGAGUCAGCAGAGAGGGGACACUGUAGUUUGGGUGGAGGAAGCAAACUCACUGAAACCUUCAGCUUGAAAAACCCGCCUCCUGAGAACCCCCCCCCCCCCCCCCCCCUCUUUUUUCUUCUUUUUUAAAAAAAAAUAAAAUAAAGGACUGAUUAUUUAUUUCUGCUCUUAUUAGUUUGACAGUAUCCACUUUACACAUCGUGAUGGGAUUUUUGAUUUCCAUGGGUGCCAUUUUUCUUUCUCCACUUUCACUCACUGAAAACCAGCUGCAGUCCCGUUCCCUCACCUCUCUCGUCCAUUUUAAAACGGUAGCCCGAACCCGUUAAAACAAGAAGGACACGGACACAGACAAUUCAAGGGUUCAGAAACAGAUUCCCCAUAAGACUAUUUUUGCAACUUUUCUUUUUGCCUCUGUCCCCAUGUUUGUAUUUUCCUGACAUCUCCUGUUAUUCUUGGUCUCCUUUUUUAAAACCUUAAAAUCUCGGUUUAGUUUGAAAAAUGGAGCACUUGUGAAUAAGCGCUCUUGUUCUUCUUCCAAGCUGUUUAAGAGUGCUAGCACUGCAAAGCUAAAAGCUUCUGUUGUAAUAAAGAAUUUGUUGGACAUCGUUUUUUCUUUUUCAUGAACCAAACUGAAGUUUUCUGUCUGAGUUACACUAUCAAUUCAUUUUAGUUUUUUUUUUCUAAUUUAUGUGCCCCCCCCUCCACCCUCCUUUUUUUAAAACUUUGAUAUAUGGAUAUUAUUUUGAAUUUGCAUUGUUUGUUUUCAAUAAAUUGGAGAAAGUGUCGUCAUGCUAAAAAUGAAUUCUAGGUUGGUUCUGAGGAUUUGGUUUUUUUUCUACCACUUUCUUAAUCAUUCAUUGACUUUCAUUUCAAAUAGUGAGAAGACUCUGGAGAGGUAAAAGCUGGCUACACUUCUACACCCUACGUCUCCACGCCUGGUGCUCAAAAUAUUAGGAACACCUCCCCCCCCACACACUGUUUUACACACAAUAUCUCUAAUUGGUAAUCAGGUGUCUUUUUCUGCAUGAUCCACAUCACUGCUCCUCCUGACUGUGAAGGUUUAACCAGUAAACUCAUUUAGGGAUGAUGAUUUGAAAGAGGUGUUCCUAUUAUUUUGUACACUGGACUGUGCAUUGUCUGGUGUACAACUUUGGUAUUAGAUUAUAAGAACAAAGAUAAGUGGAAGUAGAGGGAGAACGUCGGUCUGGGUUUCUGUAUCCCAGACUAAAAUCCAAACCUUUAAACUUGACUGUGGACGUUAAAGUGAAAACUGACCCUGGAUCAGAAGACCCUGGUUUGAAUCGACUGACUUUUUUUUUUUUUUUUUUUCUUGCUGGACUCUGAGGCAGCGACUGACAGUAGACGCUGUGGCUGGCAUCAAUGCCUAAUGUGAAUGUGCCUAACUGUAUAUACUGAAAGUGAGUGAUUGUGACUUGAGUCUGAUGCUAUGUGUGUGGGCUGAUCUGCUGAUACGGUCAUGUUAAAUAAAUGAUUUCAU